AUGCCUGACCAGAAUCCCUUCUUUGAGUGCCUCGUUGCAGAAGUUCCUGAGGAGAGUAAAUCUAAAGAAGGAUACACAGUUGUUGGAUAUGCUGUUUACUUUUACACGUACAGUACUUGGAAAGGACGGACUGUAUACUUGGAGGACCUCUAUGUGAUGCCAGAAUUCAGAGGAACUGGCAUUGGCAAAGGUUUACUGAGCAAAGUGGCAGAGAUUACGAAGAAGAAGCAGUGCGUGCGGCUUCAGCUGUCUGUGCUGAACUGGAACGCCCUUGUUCGGGACUUCUGUGCUGCUAAAGGAGCUCAGGAUCUCACUGUCACUGAAGGCUGGCACUUCAUACGUUUUGAUGGACAAAACUUGGACAAUUUAGCAAAUGAAGCACCAAAAGAUUGAAAGUUUGCUGAAGAAAAUGUGUCCAAUAUUGUUAAUGUUUUUGAUUGGUAUAAAUGAUUUGUUUUUAUAUUCUGUGGGGCCAAAAAUAAGCCAUACAAUCUUGUCAGUCCCUAAACUUAAGAAGGUUAUGUCUAAGGAUUUGAAUGCAUGGAAUGCACAGUAUUGGAUUUUUGCCAAUUUUGUCAAUAUUUCUAGACUCAUCUUAGCCAGUAGAGGUAUCGUAUAAAUAUCGGUAUAAAUAUACAUACCAUUUUUGUAACAAAGUCCCUCCUGUACAAGAAUGUACCCGUUACUCUUAAUGUGACUGCCUGUUUGCUGUAGACAGAUGCAAAACAGGAUUAUAUUUGAUUUUUUUUUUUUUUUUUUUAGGAAUAAAUGUGAUGUUUUCAGAAAGUGACAUUCAACAAUGUAUAAUCACAUAUUAAUUUCCUUGGAUUACAUUUAAUAUAAAAUUA